UCCUCACAUACGAAAACCUUUUCACCCCCAUCUCUCUGCCAAAACCUCGUCUUGGCAAAAACCUCUCGGCCAAAACCUCGCUCGCCCCCAUCUCUCCACCAAAACCUUCUCGGCGAAAACCUUCGUAGAAAAAAAACCUUCUUGGCGAAAACCUUCGCAGAAAAAAAACCUUCUCGGCGAAACCCUCUGCUCGGCCAAAACCUCGCCCGUCCCCAUCUCUCUGCCAAAACCUCUUCUCGGUGAAAACCUCUUCUUGGCCAAAACUUUUCUCGCCCCCAUCUCUCCGCCAAAACCUUUGCUCGACGAAAGUCUCCCCAAGAAAAGCAUGGUAGUCUCUGCUCCGUGAAAACUAAGUCUCCGCAUGGUCAGCUCCUUUGUCCGCCAAAACCAAGCCUCCACCAAAACCUAACCUCUUUCUCCCGGAAACCUCCAUCUCCUUCCAAAACCUAGCCCCCACAAAAACCUACAUCUCCGCAAAAGCCCCAUGCGUCCCGCGACCUAGCCUCCGCCACUCUUCAGCGACUUGAGGUGUUUAGGACAACCGACGCCGUUGGAAAAGGCUCUUCUCAUGCGAGCAUUGACAUACAAUGUUGACAUAAAGUGGAAGAAGGGGUGUUUGAGAUUAGCAAAUAGUAAGUGGCGUCAAUACACAACUCAUCUCACUCAGACGUUCAUUUUAAGCAAGCUUGAUAAACUCGAGGAGUUGAAUGAGCCACCUACUGGCUACGGUAUUACAAGAGAUGAUUGGAGUUCAUUUGUCAUUAGUCACAUGUCUGAAGACUUCAUUAAACUAAGUGAUCAACAAAAAGAGAGAAAAAAACAACACAUAUAUCCUCAUCGUCUUUCACGUAAAGGAUAUGCAUGCUUUGCUAAAGAAAUUGCAACUGAAUUAUGUGAUGAUGAUGACAUUAAUAGAGCUAUUAUGUCGAAAAAAAGGACGAGUUAGCAAAGGAGACUUUGAAGGAGAGGAUUUGAUCAAAAGAGUAUAAAAGAUUAGGGAGGGUAAGCUAAAAAUUGAAGGGACAGAAGAGGAUAUACUUACCAAAGCACUUGAAACUGAAGAAUAUGUUGGGCGUGUGAGGGGUAUUGGAAGUCAUAUCAAUCCAACAAUAUAUUUCAAUGUUGGUAGAACAUGGAAGAAAUAUAAUGUUGCCCGAGAUAUAAUCACUGAGCAUAAAAGGGAGUUGAUGGAGGCAAAGAAGAAAAUUUCAGAACAAGAUGCACAUAUAGAAAAACUUGAAUCAAUGGUGUAUAAAAGGGGUACAUGCGACAUUUUGAUUGAUGACAAAGGCAGUUGCUCAGUGAAGUUACAUCACAUGAAAGAAGAUGACAUGAAGAUUGAUGAUGAUGCCAUGCAGAUUUUGUCUAAAGAUGAUG